CGGGACGCGUGAGCGGUCUUGUAAGCGCACGUGAGCCCUCGCGUCGCAAACUUUUUAACGCAGACAGCGCGAGUACCGCACACGCACGCGGAAGCUCGUGCGUUUUUCCUCCGUUAUACAGUACAUACAGACUGUUUAUCCGGAUUGGGAUCUUUCUCACCUAAUACACUCUGCACGCAAAUCCGCGUUUGUUCAUCUGUUUUUGUUUGUUUGUUUAUUUAGUUGUUUGUUGUUUGUUUUUUAACUUCCGGUUUUCGUGUUUAGCAGCGCGUUUUUGGUGUUUUGUUUUUAAAUUCUUCUGCCGCAAUGCUGCUCGAACAUCCUGGAUCGAGUUGUCAAAAUCCGGGAAAUUUCUCCAGAUACAGUUCGGGACAAGAGAUCCCAGUGUGUGCAGGUUGCAGUCAACACAUUGUGGACCGUUUCAUCCUGAAGGUUUUGGAUCGUCAUUGGCACAGCAAGUGUCUGAAAUGCAGCGACUGUCAAUCGCAGCUGGCAGAGAAGUGCUUCACCCGAGGAGACGGGGUCUACUGCAAAGAGGACUUCUUUAAGAGGUUCGGGACGAAGUGUGCGGCGUGUCAGCAGGGUAUCCCGCCCAGUCAGGUGGUACGGAGAGCGCAGGAUUUUGUCUAUCACCUUCACUGCUUCGCCUGCAUCGUGUGCAAGAGGCAGCUAGCCACGGGGGAUGAGUACUACCUGAUGGAGGACAGUCGACUCGUGUGUAAAGUGGACUACGAGACGGCCAAGCAGAGAGAAGCCGACUCGACGGCGAAAAGGCCACGCACGACCAUCACAGCCAAGCAGCUGGAGACGCUGAAGAACGCCUACAACAACUCACCCAAACCGGCGCGCCACGUCCGCGAGCAGCUGUCCUCAGAGACCGGCCUGGACAUGCGAGUGGUGCAGGUGUGGUUUCAAAACAGAAGAGCGAAAGAGAAGAGGCUAAAAAAGGAUGCAGGAAGACAGAGAUGGGGGCAAUACUUUCGUAACAUGAAGAGAUCCAGAGGAAACUCCAAAUCGGAUAAAGACAGCAUCCAGGAAGAAGGCAUGGACAGUGACGCUGAGGUCUCAUUCACAGAUGAGCCUCCCAUGUCGGAGCUGAGCCACUCGAACAGCCUGUACAGCAGUCUGAGUGAGAGUUCCCCGGCUCUGGGUCGUCAGGGCGGAGCUCAUGCUCCUUUCACCCUGGAUCAUGGAUCCGUCCUGCCCUCUCAGGAUCAAUACCACGACAUUCGCCCCAGCAGUCCCUUCAACCUCGCACAGUCACCUGGUUCUCUCCAGCCUCUGCCCAGGCAGCAGCCCCUCAUCUCCAGCCUGGUGUAUCCUGACUCCGGGUUGCCCAUGGUGGGCCAGGCAGGGCAUGGGAUGGUCACAGCCGGGCCGAACGGCCCCAGCUCGGACCUGUCCACCGGAAGCAGCGGAGGGUACCCAGAAUUCCCGGCUAGCCCUGCUUCCUGGCUGGAUGAGGUCGACCACAGCCAGUUCUGAUUUGGGGUUGAAUCAAUUUGUUUAGAGUUGACGGAAAGAAAAGUCGAACACCUUAUUAUCAUCAUCUGCAUGGACUGAAAAACCUCACGGAUGAAAAAAAAAAAAAAGCAUCCAGAAACCCUCUCUAUUAUCAUAUUGAGGACCGUUUUUAGGAUCUGUUUUGCUGACUUAAUGAUCAAAACAAGAAAAAAAAUGAACUGAGAUGCCCGAGAUCUAUCCAUCUGCCUGAGUUCCAGCGUGUGAUAUCACGUGCACUCGGUUCGUGCGUUAAAGUGAACAGAGACGUUUGUACGAAGACAUGGCUCCAUUAAUGUGCUUUAGAUGUCAGAGUGGACUUUCAUAAGACCUCCAUUCUUCAUUUCCUCCUUUUUCUUGAUGUCUAACUGUAAACAUCACCUGUUUUUUUUGUGUGUCUGGUUGUUGCCAAAUGUCUCUCUGCAGUACAUCACGACUAGGCAUUGUGAAUCCUUUAUUUUUAUAUACACGACCUCCUCGGGAAUGUCACGCAAAAAAACAUUUAGCGCUUUUUUUCUGACCAGAAGUAGACGAGCUGUAGUUGUUGACUCUCGUUAUAUGGUUCUAUAGGAUACUUCUAUGCAUUUGUGUGGUUUUCCAGAUGUAUCUUGUUCGUUUCUCUUCGGGCCUCAGCUUGCAGCUUACCAGGCUCCUCUAAAUGUUUAUGUGAAAGAUGU